GCCGUCUCCGGUCUCUCAGCCUCUCUUCCAUCCACCAAAACAACUCCAUCCCGCACGGCAUCUGCCCCCUCCUUCGCUUCUCUGUUCUUGCAUACAUUGAUAGCAGGAUCGGUAUUAUUUGCGCAGCAAUCUCCAAUCUGCUGCGAAUUUUGGUUCUUCAUGAAUUAAGCCCGUCGCCACCUGCUCGGACAUCGCAAAAACUCAGCGCGGGCCCCGCCGCUUGUGAUCGCGCGCAUCUCCCCGACCUCAGUCACUGGCUCACCAUCCUCAUCGAAUAAUCGCCUCCCUUAUCGAACACUUAUACACCACAUCAUCACAUUAAUUCACAGCCAUGGCAUCACCGCCUAAACCAUGGGAACGGCCCGGUGCCAGCACCGGCGCUGCUGCUUCUCUCCCAGUUUCUGCCACCUCAACCGCAUCGACACAAGCAUCGAAUCCUCUUUCCACAGCACCCCCCGUCCCAGAACGUCCAUCCUCCCUGGCCUCGACAGUAAACCAGAACGCUGCUGCCUAUAGCCGAACAGGCGUCGCCGGUGGCAUGGGAGCCGUCCCCGGCGUCGGCGCCUCACCAUACAGCGCCUACGGAACCGGUUACGGCAGCGCCUACUCGUCGCCAUACUCCAGCCCGUACUCUAGAUUUGGAAGCUACGGAGGAGGUUAUGGUGGUGGUAUGUAUGGCGGAUAUGGCGGUUAUGGUGGCGGUAUGUAUGGCGGCAUGGGUAUGGGUAUGGGCAUGGGCGGUAUGCCAAAUGACCCUAACAGCCUUACCAACCGAUUUAGCCAUGGCACCGCUGCUACUUUCCAGAUGCUGGAGGGUAUUGUCACGGCGUUUGGCGGCUUUGCUCAAAUGCUUGAGAGCACAUAUAUGGCUACACACUCAAGCUUCUUCGCUAUGGUUUCUGUUGCCGAACAAUUUGGAAACUUGCGCGAUACCCUAGGCUCUGUUUUGGGCAUCUUCACAAUCCUCCGAUGGAUUCGAACUCUGCUCGCAAAGAUCACGGGCCGACCUCCACCUGCUGACGCCACAGCUUUGACACCAGCUGCUUUUGCUAGAUUUGAAGGUCGCAACCCUGGACCCGAUGGAGCUGGUGGCCCCCCUCGCGCCAGCCGAAAGCCGUUGCUGUUCUUCCUGGUCGCAGCCUUCGGUCUUCCAUAUCUCAUGUCCAAGAUGAUCCGAACGCUAGCUGCGUCUCAUGAAGAAGAAGAGCGCCGCCUCCAGCAGCAAGCUCUUGACGCUCAGCAGCCUGUUGACCCGUCCAAGCUCGAGUUUUGCCGCUUGCUCUACGACUUUGCCUCCCAAGGUGGAAACGCUGGUAUGGAGCUUGAAUCUAAGAAGGGCGAUCUCGUUGCUGUCCUUAACAAGAACGACCCAGCGGGCCAGCCCAGUGAAUGGUGGCAGUGCCGUUCGCGCGAUGGCCGCACCGGGUACCUUCCAUCGACUUACCUUGAGGUCUUGCAGCGCCCUGGCCAGGACGUGAAGAAGAUCAAGGCUGUUGCUGACGACAGCCGCACAAGCACCAUGACGACAGGAUCGGGCGGUAUGGAUUCCUUCAGUGCUGACGGAAUGCAGCGCAGCCAGUUCUACUCGUAAAACGAAUAUUUUGCAUCUACAGUGUCUUUUCAGUGCAAUGACGAGCCGAAUUUGGAGUAAAUACUCACGGCCGUUGUUGGAUAGUUGGCGUUUUCGGGAGUCUGAUGGACUAUCAUUUUGUACAAAAACAUACACCAGGUCUAUCACAGGCCACUGAAGCUAGUCAUAUGACAUUUCUAGUUUAUUUUGUAUCUCAUAAUCUAUUCAAACAAUUUCAUGACUACAACCCC